AUGCUUCGUCUCUGCUCACGCAAAUCCUUCGUUGUAGUAGGUCUUGUUGCCAUUUAUUUCUCAGCUUCGCGUUUAUCACCACUCAGUCUGCGACAAUACUUGUCACGCUUUCCGGCCCAGAAAUCAUCCAUCAUGGCGGGAACGGUCGACGUGUUGAAUGCCGACGUUGCGCUUUUGCGCUCCAAGCUCCAGUCUGGCGAGCUGCAAAGUGUCGAUCUUGUCGCCGCCUACCUGAAACAGAUCAACAAGCACAAUGCGGAUGGGGCUGGAUUGAAGGCCCUGAUAUCCGUCGCACCUGAAGAGACUGUAUUGUCCCAAGCUCGUCACUUGGACGAGGAAAGGAAGACCAAAGGCACCAGAGGUCCCUUCCAUGGCAUCCCCAUCAUUGUGAAGGAUACAAUGCUCACCGAAGCCUCCCUGGGCAUGGACACUACCUGCGGCACGCUUGGCUUGAUUGGUGCGAAAGGACGAAAAAACGCCGAUGUCGUUGAGCUGUUGUUGAAAGCGGGAAUGAUUAUCCUAGGGAAGGCCAACUUGUCGGAACUGAACCUGUUCAAAGCAAGUCCUCCAAACACCGCUGGGUGGUCUUCUGCCGGAGGACAGUGUUCUUCGCCUUAUGUCGAGGGCGGAGUUCUGCCAAAUGCCACAUUUUUGGGACACAGCACACCUGCAGGUUCAUCCUCCGGAAGCGCAGCUGCGGUGGCCGCCGGGUUCGCACCUAUCGCACUUGGCGCUGAGACCGACGGAUCGCUUGUCCAACCUACUUCGAGGGCAGGACUUUACGCCUUGAAGCCCACCCCGGGAACCGUCUCUGUGAAGGGCGUCCUUGCACUUCCAACCUACGAUGCCAUCGGCCCGAUAGCCAGAACGGCCAAAGACGUGGCCGACAUGUUGACACUUCUCACUGGUACAAACUUGAGCCAUGAAUCCAAGAUAUCCUGGGAUGGGUUGAGAGUUGGAUUUGUCGACUAUGACAUUUGGGCUCCUGCCACGUUUGUCGUAGAGCCUGUCGAGUCUUUUACAUCCCAAACGAAAGCUGAUAUCGAGGCUGUCGCGGCCAAAAUCUCGUCACUCGGUGGGAAGGUUGUUCGUGAUGUGCCGUUGCCCCCAUUCGGGCAGCUGACGGAAAUCAUUGAACAGAAGCACAACGUGAACCCAGACGAUUUGUGGGGGUACGGUUUCCGCGACGAGUUUGAUGCUUUCGUAUCACUCUAUGAGACGAGCCAGAUCCGUUCCUUGGCUGAGCUUGUGCAGUUCAACAAGGAUCAUGCAGAUCGAUGCCUUCCCGCAGACCACCCAUCCCAGGCAUUCCUCGAGACGGCCCUAGAAGAGAAGGCCGAUCCCGAGAUAGACACCAAAGUCGCCAAGGUCAAGAAAACAGCACAGGCAUUGAUUGAUGAAGUGCUUGCAAAAUACGAGGUGGACGUGAUUCUCGCACAGUCUGACGGCCGCAUGGCAAGUGUUGCGGCGGCAGCAGGAUACUCCGUUGCAGCCUUGCCCGUUGGAUAUGCUGACUUCAAUGGAAGGGCAUGGGGUGUCAAUGCUAUUGCGGGCGCUGAUGGUGAAAGCAAACUCUUGGACCUCAUGAGUGCCUGGGAGGCUACGUUUCCCGAGGCAAGGAAAGCUCCUCGAAGCUGA